AUGCUCAAUUUGUCAAGCAACAAUUUUAACGGACUCAUCCCAUCAUCUAUUGGAAAUCUAAUUGAGCUUGAAUCCUUGGACCUAUCUAACAAUGAGCUUUCUGGUAGAAUCCCUCAGCAAUUGACACCUCUCAAUUUUCUUGAAUAUUUAAACUUCUCUCAGAAUCAACUUGUGGGUCCAAUACCACAAGGAGGACAAGUUCAAACAUUUCCAGAUUCUUUUGAGGGUAAUAUGGGAUUGUGUGGUAUUCCAUUGUCCAGAAAGUGUGAAACUCCCACACCAUCUUCUAAUGAUCAAUACAAUGAGAAAUCAGAUUUCUUUUCUGGUUUUGGAUGGAAAGCUAUAGUGAUAGGAUAUGGAUGUGGAUUUCUGAUUGGAAUGGUGGCUGGACAUGUGAUCAGCUCAAGGAGGCCAGAUUUGGUUUUCAAAGUUUUUGGGGUGAGACUGCAGAGGGGCAGCUGA